AUGGGUUGGAAUUUGUUUUUCUGGCUUGUAAUUUGUUUUCCCCUCAACGUUGCUCUUCUUGCCUCCACUUUUUAUCAGAUUCUGAUCUUAACAGACUUGGAGGCUGACUAUGUCAACCCAUAUGAGGCUUCCUCCCGUAUCAAUUACUUCGUUGUUCCUGAGUUUAUUGGGCAGGCAGCACUAUGCGCUCUCUUCCUCCUCACUGGGCACUGGUUCAAUCUUUUGACAGUUCCCAUCACUGCCUAUCACAUGACGCU